AUGGAAACUUCCAUAGAAACAACACCUCGGCAGUCGCCAUUUCAUUACUUUUUGGCACCUAACGAAGAUGUGGGCAAUAAAGAAUUGCAUAAAAGAUCAGCCAUAAUUGAAAGAGGCGGUAUCUUAUAUGAGGUGUAUCGCACUUCAUCGAUAGCCUGGGGACAUGUGGAUCUCGCUGCAGCCGGAGCAGCUGUCGAGCCCGCCGUCACCGAGACAAAUGAACACGCCGAAGCUCCACCCAUUCAGCAGCUUCUGUGCAGACUUUCGCUGUACCACCGACUUUUUAACUGGCAACCGCAACAUCCUGAACACGAUUUCACCUUCAGUAUAGAUCUUCACAGCAUUUUUAGGAUGCAUCAUCCAUCUCUUGCUUCCGAAAUCCGAAUCGAGAGUCUACGCCAUGAAAAGAAAAAGUAUUCUCAGAAAUGGAUAUGGGUAGUCUUACCAACUGCAGCAAACAGAAAAAUUGGAAUUUAUGCUGGUAAUAGAGAAAUACAUUUACUGUCAGCUGCUGACUCACCAAAAUUUCAUAAUACCGCAUACCUGCGUACUCAGGAUGAUCCAAUUCCAAGAGAUCUAAAUCCACGCAAAUUCCCUCAUCUGCCGGAGCAAGUGAGGCGACAUCGACGGCAAUACCUCAUGUAUGUAGUCGGAUCCACCACCCCAUCGCGUGUUGAAGGUCCAUCAUCGAAGCACAUGGACCGUCCUUUCAUUACAGCUAGUUUAGAAGGAUCAUCACUCCUUACACAGACUUGA